AUGACGGUGUAUAUAGCGUCUCUAGGUCUGCAGGGGAUCAUCACCGGAUGUGUUUUCUUCUCAAUAUACACUCUAGGAGUUGAAUUUGUGGGCCCGAGUAAGCGUAAACUAGCCGGUUUUGGUAUAAUGUAUUUCUUUAGCUUUGGUUACUUCUACAUCGUGCUGUUUGCCUACUUCAUAAAAGACUGGCGCCACCUGAAUCUGGCGUUGAUAGUGCCCGGCGUUCUUCCCGAGUCUUUCCGUUGGCUGCUGUCCAGAAAUCGCACCGAAGAAGCAGUCGACUUGAUCCGGGCAAUUUCUAGGACAAAUAUCAAAUCUGAGCCUGAUGCCGAGACUAUUCAGUCCGUCCUAGACGACGAAGAUGAGGUGGUCCUUUCUCCCCGGACUUACACCCCUAUAGACAUGGUGCGAACAUGGAGGCGGGCGGCGUUGACAGCUAACGUGUGCUUUAACUGGAUGGUCAACAGCAUGGUCUACUACGGAUUGACGCUGAACCUGGAAAGUUUAGGCGGUAAUCUGUACCUGAACUUCCUGUUGAUGGGGGCCAUUGAGUUCCCGGGCUAUACCCUGGCUCUGGUCCUCCUAGAUAAGAUCGGGAGGAGAAGAACGCUGUCAAUGUUCAUGGUUCUCGGGGGAGUGGCUUGCAUAGUUUCCGGCUCUCUACCUGCAGGUACUUUAAGUUACCUCUUGUAA